AUGCCGUAUCAACCGCAGCUGCUCAAGUCCCCCGUUCACCCUAUUGCACUGCGGCCAUCCCACUUGCUCUCGCCUGCGCCUGAUCGAGUCACCAACACGCCCACGACGCUUUCAAUUACGCGCGAGACCUCCGGGCGCGAUUUCAUGAUUCACCUGAUCCAUACCCACGAGCCACUCUCGAGUCCGCGGCGGCGAUCGAUUCUCUUCACUGUCGCGGGUAAGAUUCCCAGUGCCUCGCUGCAGCGCCAGAUCCGAGAUGCGUCCGGAUUACCAUUGCUGGACUUGAAACGCGCCAAAUGGCGGCGGCAAUGGUCGGUGACGCUCCCGGGGGGAGCGGGAGCAGAACUGCUCUUCGCGGAAAUGCCGUGGAUAGGGAUGAAAAUGGAUGUGCACUGUCUCAAUGCCCUGGCAGGGGUUCGGCCAGAGGAGCCUCAAUAUCAGAACCCUCAUGAACCCGAACCUCCCCCGCCAUAUAGUGCCGCCGCCACCAACAAUAACCAUUCCAACGAGCAGAGAAGAACGGACGCUUCGAGAAACCAACCACAGGCCCCCUCAUACUACAAUUCCACUCCCAGCUCUGGUGAUUCAUCGCAGAAUCAAAGCGGUACUACGAGGCCUAAUACCAAGGAACCGGCACUAGCACCGCGCUCAUUGCCAUCCCCUCCCCAGGGAUCUGGGUCAGACAGUCCCCCGGAUCCCAAAAUUGAAUUGAAGGUGGUGCCACAGAGUGGGACCAUCACGGCGGUGAUGAUGGGAGAUCGGAAGGUCGUUCAUAUUCGUCAGGAUAAUGUAAUGGGCCGGACGACAACGUCCAAAGCACAGUGGGAGUUGCAGGUUGCCGAGGGGGUGGACUUGCUGCUGGCAGUGAGCAUCACCCUGAUCCUAUCAGAGUUUGUUCCCCAGUCUUAG